AGAAAUCCGCAAGGCUGUUGUGCAAGCACUUACUUGAAAACUGUCCACCUGCUGCCUAGAAACACUACUCAUUAGCCUGCGAAUCCAGAUUUGAGAGGUCACGAUGGAGCAGCUGUCAGAUGAGGAGCUGGAUCAUGCUGCGGAGGAAGACAGUGACAAAGAAGACCAGGACUUGGACAAGAUGUUUGGAGCGUGGCUCGGCGAGCUGGACAAACUAACACAGAGUUUGGAUGAUGGAAAGCCAGAAAAAGUGAGGAAGUCCCCUCUUCGGCAAGAGGCCAACCUUGCCAACUUCUCUUACCGCUUCUCCAUGUACAACAUUAACGAGGCCCUAAAUCAAGGAGAUGCUGUGGACCUGGAUGCCCUCAUGGCAGACCUGUGCUCGAUCGAGCAGGAACUGAGCACUAUCGGGUCCAAACCCAAUAGCACGGCCAAGGCGGCUGGCACCGCGGAAGGGAAGGUACGGCAGAAGCCGCCUGCCGGACGGCAGGGAAGCGCCAGGAGCGCCAGCAGCAGCGCCAGGGUCUCGCCCUCCUCCACGGUGCGCGGGCCCAAGCCGCUGACCACCAACUUCUCCCUGGACGACAUCACGGCGCAGCUGGAGCAGGCCUCGCUCAGCAUGGACGAGGCGGCCCGCCAGAGCCCGCCCCCCCCUUCCUCCUCCUCCUCUUUCUCCUCCUCCUCCUUCUGCCUGCCGCCUCCGGCCGCGCACCAGCACCACCCCCACCACCACCACCACCACCACCGCCGCACCGGCUCGGCGGGCACCGUGAGCGACCACGACGCGCGCUCCAUCAGCAACUCCUCGCGCUCCAGCGUCGCCUCGGCCGCGUCCAGCAUGGACUCCCUGGACAUCGACAAGGUGCUGCGGCCGCCCGAGCUGGAAGGGCUGCAGCAGGGGCAGCCAUCUUCCGAGGAGGAGCAGGCUGCCAAACUGAAGGCAGAGAAGAUCCGUGUGGCUUUGGAGAAGAUCAAAGAAGCGCAAGUCAAGAAGCUGGUGAUCAGGGUGCACAUGUCAGACGAGAGCUCGAAAACCAUGAUGGUGGAUGAAAGGCAGACGGUCCGACAGGUUCUGGACAGCCUGCUGGACAAGUCCCACUGUGGAUAUAGCCCUGACUGGGCCCUAGUCGAAACCAUCCCAGAGCUACAGAUGGAGAGAAUUUUUGAAGAUCAUGAGAAUCUGGUGGAGAAUCUGCAGAACUGGACGAGAGACAGCCAGAACAAGCUCAUGUUCAUCGAGAGGAUCGAAAAAUACGCCUUGUUUAAGAACCCACAGAACUACCUACUGGGCAAGAAGGAGACCUCUGAAAUGGCAGACAGGAACAAGGAAGCGCUACUGGAGGAGUGUUUCUGCGGGUCUUCGGUAACCGUGCCGGAGAUUGAGGGAGUCUUGUGGCUGAAAGAAGAUGGGAAAAAAUCCUGGAAGAAACGCUACUUCUUGCUCCGAGCCUCUGGGAUCUACUUUGUGCCCAAGGGGAAAGCCAAGGUCUCAAGGGACUUGGUCUGUUUCCUUCAGCUGGACCAUGUCAACGUCUAUUAUGGACAGGACUAUCGCAACAAGUACAAAGCACCCUCUGACUACUGCCUGGCCCUCAAGCAUCCGCAGAUUCAGAAGAAGUCUCAGUACAUCAAGUACCUUUGCUGUGAUGACGUCAGGACUCUCCAUCAGUGGGUCAAUGGGAUCCGUAUCGCCAAGUAUGGAAGGCAGCUGUAUGUGAAUUACCAGGAGGCCAUGAAGAGGACUGAGGCUGCUUAUGACUGGUCCUCCCUCUCCAGCUCCAGUAUGAAAUCCGGCUCCAGUUCCUCCAGCUUGCCAGAGUCCCAUUCCAACCACUCAAACCAGUCCGACAGCGGCGUCUCCGACACCCAGUCCUCGGGACACGUGCGUUCCCAGAGCAUCGUCAGCUCCAUCUUUUCCGAAGCCUGGAAACGCGGGACGCAGAUGGAGGAAACCAGCAAGGUGAGGCUGGACUCCAUCAGCCGACCAUAUCUUCCUCAGUUGCCCCAAGUGCCCCCCCAGAUGCGGAUAAGUAUUUCCCACGUGUCCCCACAGCCCUCCCCUCCCCCCCCUCCUCCUCCUCCCCCUCCGCCUCCUCCCCCUCCUCCGCCCCCCAACCCGGCCCAGCAGGCGAACCCUCUGAUGUUUGCAAAGUACAGCACCAUCACCCGGCUGCAGAACGCCGCCGCCUCGCAGGGGGGCAACCACUUCAAGCCGCCCUCGCUGGGCCCCCCAGUUCCUCCCGCCGCCACCUUGCAGCCCACAAAGUCCCACGUCACCAUCCCCGCGGGAGCCAACAUGCCCCCGCCUCCUCCGCCGCCCCCGCCGCCUCCCCCUCCGGUGCCCGGCUCGGCCAUGGCCGUGUUGAAGCCAGGGCCGCCCAGCCCAGCCCUACCGCAGUUCACGCCCCCUCCUCCACCUCAGAAACAGCAGUCCCACCUGCAGAGCAAUGGUGUCCCUCCGGCCCAGCUCAAGUAUCAGCCCUUAAGUGGGGGAUUCCCCCCGCAAACCGCCCCCAAACCUCCCGGCCCAGGGGUGACCCUGCCGACUUCCCCGGUGUCCCCCGUCGCCCCUCAGCUGCCCGCCCCGGCCCCUCCCCCUGCCCCUCCGAUAAAGAAGCAACAGAGCUUCUCCGCCGCUCAUCCCCAAAGCCAGCCUCCACCCACCCUUCCAAAGCAGCACAGCUUCUCUUCUAAGGCGCCUCCCAUGUCCACCCCUAUCUCUCCAACCCCUUCCUUAGUUAAGCAGAUUGCAAACCAGUUCCCAGGUUCCCCACCCUCAGGCGUGCUGCAGCCCGAGCCUAAAGCACCGCCCCCUCCAUCUCCACCCGCGGUCAAGGCCAAGCCCAAGUGGCAACCCAGUGGGCCGACUCAGCCCACCCAAUCUCCUGACUUUCCUCCUCCGCCACCGGAAAGCAGUCUGGCCUUCCCACCCCCACCUCCGCCCCCUCCCAUGCCAACUCCGGCUCCCCCUCCCCUCCCCCCUCAGGCAAAAUCCGGGUCUCCGGUCAAGAAAUCUUCCAAGACGUCUAGCCCUAGUGGCAAGAAGCCUCCACCGACGCCCCAGCGCAACUCCAGCAUCAAGUCCAACUCUUCAGCCGAGUACCACGAGUCCAAGAAAGUCGAGAACCUGGUUAGCAAAUUCGGUCAGCCUUCCGAAUCGCCCUCGCCUUCCUCUUCGGGAUCUCCUUCCAAGGACUUGUCCGCUGGACCCCCGGCUCCCCCUAAGCCGGGAAAGCUGAAUCUCUCCAACCUGCCCAUGUUUCCGCAGGGCAAGGGUGGACCUGCCAAGGAGCCCACAUCCGACUUCCCCUCCCCUCCUUCCGAUUACGACUACUUCCCCCCUCCGCCUCCGGAUUCUGAGCUCCUCCCGCCUCCCCCCGCUGACCCUCCAAGCGGGACCCCCAAGGUGGCUGUGGUCAACCCUCAGCCCCAGGCCUGGAACAAGGCCUCGCUGAAGAAGACGCCCCCGCCCACGUUACCCAAGCGCAACGACAGCACCCGCCUGACCCAAGGGGAUGUCCCCGAGCCGCCCACCACCCCUCCCCCCCAUCAGCAGGCUCCUCCUCCCGGCUCGCAGGCUCCCACCUCGCCCAAAGGAAACCUGAGCGUCCAGCCCAAUUUUCUGGCCGACCUUAACCGGACCCUGCAGAGGAAGUCGAUCACAAGGCACAGCUCCCUCUCGUCCGCGCGAAUGUCCAAGUUGGAGCCCGCUGCCACGAUGGACGAUAUGGCUCUCCCUCCCCCUCCUCCAGAGCUGCUCCUCGACCAGCAGAAGCAGGGCUCUUACAUGUCGGGCAACAUCUCAGGCUAUGCAACGUUACGGCGGGGACCACCCCCCGCGCCCCCGAAACGGGACCAAAGCACCAAACUCACCGGAGACUGGUAGACUGGCAAGACCAACGGGACUUCUGAAUCAAUUACCCCCAGGAUGGCGCAGAUAAUAUCCCUGUGUUUCACAGAUACUCCAUAGACCAAACCACCUGUCAGCUUUUCCAUGAUGUCUUUGUGCCGCUUGUAUUGUAAAGCAAUUCUAAAACACGACAACAAAUAUGACUUUUGUUGCAAUAUAUUGGUACUGCAUGGACUUCUUUACGGACUUGAUGUAAUGUGAGAAGCUUGGGAAAGGGUGCAAGACGUGGGGCAAUAGUUUUAACUUUUCUAUUUUAUUUAAUAUGAAAACAAUAAUUUUUUUUUGUUAGAGUUUAGUUUUACAAAUGCAGGGAGAAAGGUGUAGCCCGUAUUGAUCACAAAAGUGUAUGUAAAAAUAACGCAUUCUUCUGGAAGAUGUACCUACGUAUUCGCAGGGAGACUUGAGUGCUGCAAGACUGGCUUUAUGAUUGAAAUGGAGUGCAUUUUUUUUUAAUUCUCUGCAUCCUGCGCAGGUGACUAAUUGGAGAGCCGUACGCUUGCUGUGAAAGGCUGAUCUUGUAGAUGUGCUGAUGAGCUUUUUUCACUCUCCGUUUCAGUUGUUUGUUUUCCAGAAAGUGCUCAGACGUGGAACUCAUCGAAUGCAAAAUCUGAAAGAGCCCUUUUUUGUUUUGCAUAUUGCACCAAAAUGGUUGAGAACCUUUAACAAUGUGAUCACUGUACAACUGGAAUGAGCAUGGCUCCAAUCGGAUUGUUUUUGUAAAAACUGCCAUUUGGAGCCUGCAUAAACCAUCACCGACUCCCACCUCUGCAGGCUAGGUCCAUGAUUGGAUAGAACAGCUACUUCCCAGCUAUGUCCCUGUUUCCAAAUGUGACUAUUCCUGUAUGUAUAUAGCUAUUCUUGUCUUUAAUUGCUCACUUUGGCCUUGCUGUUCCUUAGUAACUUGUAGCCUUUUGUGCUAGGGAAUGAGAAUUGGGAUUUCUUGUCUUAAAGCACCUAUACUGCCAAUAUUUUUGGGUGCAGUGCACCAAUUAGCUUACUGUAUGUCUAAGCCUCUAAUGCUGGCCAGACUCCGAGUGUACUUGCAACACAUUUUGCCUUGUCAAUGGGAAGGAAGUUACAAUAUCCUCUCAAAAACUUUUUCUUUAGGAGGUUUUUUUCAAAGAGAUCUCAUGGCAAUUAACAAUCAGGGACCAAAUCUCCCCUUGGGACAGCGAUUCAACAUUUGCUGAACAUCUUGAUGUUUUUUUUUUACCCAGUUAGAUUAUCCUGGAGAGUAACCUGCCUGUCAGGAUCCUGUCUCAGCAAGGAUUUGGCGUAAGAGUGAGUGAGGUGAUGUUUUGAGAGUCGGCAAUGGGAGCAGAAAUGGAAUAAAUUUUAAAUUCUGAGUAUUUCCAUAUAUUCUGGCUGAGACAAUGGAUUUUGGUGGGUUUUGCAAUUUCAGUAGUAUGAAGUCGCUUAAAGCAGGUGUCAAGAUGUUAAUUAAAACGUUACCUCCUAAAAUGAUCACAUUUCAUAAACUUGACUUUGCUCCUUGGUGGUUUAAUACAUUAUGAUUGAGUUUCUUCAACUGCUACAAAGAGCUCAAAGUUCUACAGAUAAUCAGAUAUGUUUUAGAGGUAUAUAUGGUCAGUAGAAGGCAGCUGCGCAUGAACUAUGACUUUGUAAAGUGGUAAUUUAUACAAGUGAGAAUUAUUUACAGUAAUGCUAUAGUUGUUUCUAUGUUUCUAAGUGGUGCACAUCAUUUUUCUUCUAGAGAAGUGGAUAAUAUUAACUCUAAAAUGGGGAAAAAACAUUCUUGAGCAUUACCUGCUAGUUAUCAGACCAGUUGUUGUUGUUUUUUUGAGAGGACGGAUAACUUUUUUUUAAAAUUAUUGUUCAGCUCCGCAUUGGUACAAUUAUCUUGGCUGUGCUGUAAUAACCAAGUAUUGAAACUGUAUAUCUGAGCUAGCUGGCCAAAUGAGCUUUUUAAAGUCAGGAAUGUCUCUGACAAAUUAAUGGGUAAACAAAUAAACCAUGUCUCUUGCAUUUAAGCUCAAGAUUGCAAUAUAAAUGUUGAAAACGUACAUUAUGACUUCUAGAUGCUUUUUUGUGGAAUGCCUGAUUUUUAUCGGGGUUUUUUAUGAUGAAUACCAGGUGUUAGCUUUUUUUUUUUCCUUGAAGAAUAAUCAUUCUGCACUCUCUGUUUCUCUUGGAAAGCAUUUAUCCUCUCUGCGUUUUCGUACAUGUUAAUUGAGUGUUCGCAGCACAUCCGAGAGACAGAGUGACCUGCAUUCUGGGCUGCCUGCCCCACCAGAGUAUGGCUUCUAGUACUAAUGUCGGCUUUCAGAAGAAAACCAGGGUUGCUCUGUACAAAAAGGCAGUCACUGUCAAAAUAGAUCAGGUUGUGGACAUCUGCUGUAUAGCCUCUGCAAUCAUUGAUGUACUGCUAAAUCUUAAUUAUGAAAGCACAUAUUGCAUUAAACGAUGAAAACCAAA